AUGCCGUCUUUAAUUCGUUGUCUGCAGCAGAUUCAGAGAUUUCACAGAGGAUGCAGGGCUUAUUCACAAAGUUCUGGUUUGAAUGAAGUUGUAAUUGCCAGUGCUGUACGCACACCAAUUGGAUCAUUCCUUGGUUCUCUGUCAUCUCUACCUGCUUCAAAGUUAGGGGCAGAAGUCAUCAGAGCUGCUGUUGUUAAUGCAGGAAUUCAAUCGGAAGCAGUCAAUGAAGUGUACAUGGGAAAUGUCCUUCAGGGAGGUCAGGGACAAGCACCAAGCAGACAGGCUACACUGGGAGCAGGCUUACCAGUCACAACUCCAACAACUACUAUCAACAAAGUUUGUGCUUCAGGCAUGAAGGCAAUCAUGCUGGCUUCACAGAAUUUAAUGUGUGGUCAUCAGGAAGUGAUGGUUGCAGGAGGAAUGGAAAGUAUGUCAAACGUCCCUUACUAUCUCAGGAGAGGAACAACACCUUAUGGAGGGAUCAAAGUUGAUGAUGGCAUUGUAUUUGAUGGUCUGACAGAUGUGUACAAUCAUUGUCAUAUGGGAAUCUGUGCAGAAAAUACAGCUAAAAAGUUUAACAUUGGUCGGAAGGAGCAGGAUGAGUAUGCAGUUAGAAGCUAUACACUCAGUCAGAAAGCUGCAGCAGAUGGGGUAUUUAAAGCUGAGAUUAUUGGUGUUGAAAUACCCCAGAAGAAAGGAGAUCCAUUAACAGUGUUAGAAGAUGAAGAAUACAAGAAAGCCAAUUUUGAUAAAUUUAGUAAGCUCAAACCAGCCUUUCAGAAAGAUGGUACUGUGACAGCAGCCAAUGCCAGUUCCCUGAAUGAUGGAGCUGCUGCACUAGUGCUGAUGACAUCACAGGCUGCAAAAAGGUUGGGUGCUCAGCCAUUGGCAAGAAUCAUAGGUUUUGCAGAUGCUGCUACUCAUCCUAUUGAUUUUCCAAUAGCACCUGCUUAUGCUAUACCAAAGCUGUUGGAAAAACAUGGUGUCAAGAAGGAAAAUGUUGCCCUGUGGGAAAUCAACGAAGCAUUUAGUGUUGUUGUUUUGGCAAAUGUUCAGAUGCUCGGCAUUGAUAUAGAUAAAGUGAAUGUACAUGGUGGCGGAGUCAGCAUUGGGCACCCAAUUGGAAUGUCCGGAGCUCGAAUUGUUGGUCACCUGGUGCACAGUCUCAAGCCUGGCCAAUUAGGUAUUGGAGGAAUAUGCAACGGUGGAGGUGGAGCUUCAGCCAUUUUGAUAGAAAAAUUAUAG